AUGUCUGGAGUGAGCAGCUCAUUCGGGCCGGUGGCGCGGCUCGAGGGCCGUGAGUUCGAGUAUCUGAUGAAAAAGCGCUCGGUGACCAUCGGCCGCAAUUCGUCGCAGGGCUCCGUGGACGUCAGCAUGGGUCACUCGAGCUUUAUUUCGCGGCGACACCUGGAGAUUUUCACCGCCAGCGACGACGGGACCGGCGGGGGAGACUUCUACCUCCGCUGCCUGGGGAAGAACGGGGUGUUCGUGGACGGGGUGUUCCUCCGCCGGGGAGCCGCUCCGCUGCAGCUGCCGCCCAUGUGCACGUUCCGGUUUCCCAGCACCAAUAUCAAGAUCACCUUCACGGCUCUGUCCAGCGGCAGGAAGACAAGGCGUGAAGCCCCCGAAUCUCCAGUCAAGCCGGUGCAGCCUCACUUUGCGCCGCUCACCAUUAACAUUCCCGACAACCUCGCCCACCUCAUGAGUCCACUGCCCUCGCCGACUGGAACCAUCAGCGCCGCAAACUCGUGCCCGUCCAGCCCUCGUGGCGCCGGCUCUUCGGGGUACCGCAUGGGGGGCCGCAUGGUGAGCUCUGCUGAGCUGCAACUGAUUAGCGACAACUCUCAGCCCGAGAACGACAAGGAUGCAUCGGGAGAGGACAGUCCCAAGGACGACUCCAAGCCGCCGUACUCGUAUGCUCAGCUGAUCGUUCAGGCUAUUACGCUGGCGCAGGACAAGCAGCUGACACUUAACGGGAUCUACAACCACAUCACCAAGAAUUACCCUUACUACAGAACCGCUGACAAGGGCUGGCAGAACUCCAUCCGCCACAACCUGUCGCUGAACCGCUACUUCAUCAAGGUGGCGCGCUCGCAGGAGGAGCCUGGCAAAGGUUCCUUCUGGAGGAUAGACCCGUCCUCGGAGGGCAAGCUUAUCGAGCAAGCUUUCAGGAAACGGCGUCCCCGUGGCGUCCCCUGCUUUAGGACUCCUCAUGGACCACUCUCCUCCAGGAGCGCCCCAGCCUCCCCAAACCACUCGGGGGUUCUGUCAGCUCACUCCAGCGGUGUGCAAACCCCUGACAGUUUGUCCAGAGAGGGCUCCCCGGUCCCCAUGGAGAUGGACACCUCCUCCAUUGCCCCCGCUGCCACCGCCCCCACCACGGUGGUCCAACCCAAACUGGCCGUGAUCCAAGAAGCUCGCUUUGCACAGAACACACCAGGCUCUCCAGUCGGCAACCAGCCGGUGCUGAUCGCGCUGCAGGGUCAGCUACCUCAAAGCAUGAAGCCGGUCACCUACACCAUGGCGUCUCCGGUCAGUGCCGGCUCUUCUCAGCCGGUUCAAACAGUCCAGACGGUCCAUGUGCUGCAGCAGAUCCCCGCCACCGCCGCUGUCAUCGCACAACCGGCCGCCGUCGUGUGCAAGAGCGAACCGCAGGAGAACGGAGAACGCGCCGACGGCAAAGUGAAAGUUGAGACUGUGCCCACCAUAACAGCUACGGGAGCGGUGGGUCGCAUCAUCCAGACUUCGGCGGCAUCCGGACCUCUGCAGACCGUCACUAUUCUAGGCCAGCACCAGCUGCCCAUCAAGACCAUCACACAGAAUGGAAACCACAGCAUCACCACCGCCAUACAGAGCAGCGGUCCAUCUGUGGCCAGCCCACUUCACCUGCUCGCCGACCACGCCUCCGCCUCGGCGUCAUUGCCCACUGUUAAGCGGCCGAACGGGGAUCAGCAGGUGGGACCACCGGAUGCCAAACGGAUCAAAAUGGAGGAUGAUGAGGCAAGACCAGCGGACAACGGUAACAGCUAA